AUGCAUCGUUGGUAGAGGUGCGGGACCAACAUUUCAGUGAGCAGAUCAGUGAAGAGCUGAGGCAGCUGAGCGGCUCAGCCAAUCACAGCCAGGUUACAGCACAGUGAUAUUAGCCUACAGUGUGUAUAAGAUGAGUGUGCCCCGCUUCAUCGGUAUUCUCGUAGUAGUGAACUCCCGACAGAAACCAUGCCUGAACCCGCCAAGUCUGCGCCCAAGAAGGGCUCGAAGAAAGCCGUGACCAAGACCGCCGGCAAAGGAGGCAAGAAGAAGAGGAAGACCAGGAAGGAGAGCUACGCCAUCUACGUGUACAAAGUGCUGAAGCAGGUUCACCCUGACACCGGCAUCUCGUCCAAGGCCAUGAGCAUCAUGAACUCGUUCGUCAACGACAUCUUCGAGCGCAUCGCCUCCGAGGCCUCCCGCCUGGCUCACUACAACAAGAGGUCCACCAUCACCUCCAGGGAGAUCCAGACCGCCGUGCGCCUCCUGCUGCCCGGAGAGUUGGCCAAGCACGCUGUGUCUGAGGGAACCAAGGCUGUCACCAAGUACACGAGCUCCAAGUAAACCUGCUCCACCAACAAACACAACGGCUCUUUUAAGAGCCACCCA